GAAGGCCGGGACCCCAGGCUCUCCCGGAUGGGCACCUGCUCAAGAUCUUACAGCCACAGUGGGGUAUGGCCAGAGCGGCAGUCCACUGGCGCGCCAGCCUGGUGACGGGAGCCCUGUCUUUGUCUAGCUCCAGGAUGGUGUCCCCUAGGGCCGUGGCUGCCCUGCUGGUGGUGCACGUGGCCACCCUGCUGGCCGCCCAGACCGAAGCCUUUGUGCCCAUCUUCACCCAGCGGCUCCGCAGGAUGCAGGAAAGGGAGCGGAGCAGAGGACAAAAGAAAUCCCUGAGCGUGCAGCAGAGGCCGGAGGAAGCAGGCCCUCCAGACCCCCAGGACCUGGUGGAGGAGGAACUCGGGAGAUCAAGGUGACUGACUGCUCCCGUGGAAAUUGGCAUGAGGCUGAGCGCCAGGCAGCUGGAAAAGUACCGGGCCGUCCUGGACGUGCUGCUGAGUGGGGCGCUGCUGCCCGCGCAGCCUGGUACAGGUAGGGCAGACGGUGGGUCUCUGUGGCUCCGCCCACCCGGCGUUCCUAUUCUAGUGGACAUCCGAGCAGGCCAUGAUUUGUUUUUCCACUUUGCACUUGACAACAGCUCUGUUUCCCCUGGGCGACAAUCUCCUAGGGGAAUGCAGGUGCAGAGGGUCCUGGAGCCCCAUCCUGCAGCUCAGCCCAUCUCCAGACACCCCGAGGCAGAGGGCCAGGACAAAGCAACGGGCUGAGCCCCCCCUGCACCCGCCCCACGGCCCUGGCCAGCGGGGGGACUUCGGUUCUGCUUUUCCCCACCCAUUCUGCAGACCUAAGGCCUGCACCCCACUUGGCCUGGCCCAGCUCAAGGUCUGCCCGAGAGUUACUUGUGCAAAGCUAGAUCUUGUCUGCCAAAC